GGCGCCAGAACUACGUUGCCCGAAAGCCUGAGCGCGAUUCGCCCCCGUCUUCUCACCCGGCUGCCUCCGGCUGGAAAACCCAUGAGAUGUGGGGCCGCUGGGUGCGGCCGCUCUUGCGUUCUGAAGGCGGCGGGGGCCGCCGGGUUUCGAGCCCCUGUGGCCGUUUUUCGCAGGCCCUGCGGAGAGACUUCUUCACCACCACAACCAAGGAAGGAUAUGAUAUGAGGCGAGUGGACAUAACUCCGCUAGAACAAAGGAAGUUAACUUUUGAUACACAUGCAUUGGUUCUGGACUUGGAAGCUCAUGGAUUUGACAAAGCACAAGCAGAAACAAUUGUAUCAGCAUUAACCACUUUAUCAAAUGUCAGCCUCGAUACUAUCUAUAAGGAGAUGGUCACUCAAGCUCAGCAGGAAAUAACAGUACAACAGCUAAUGGCUCAUUUGGACUCCAUCAGAAAAGACAUGGUCAUCCUAGAGAAAAGUGAAUUUGCAAAUCUGCGAGCAGAGAACCAGAAAAUGAAAAUUGAAUUAGAACAAGUUAAACAACAACUGAUAAAUGAAACUAGUCGAAUCAGAGCAGAUAACAAAUUGGAUAUCAACCUAGAAAGGAGCAGAGUAACAGAUAUGUUUACAGAUCAAGAAAAGAAACUUAUGGAAGCAACCACAGAAUUUACCAGAAAUGUCUCAAGUACAGGCAUACCUCAGAGACACUCCAAAUCCAGUUCCAGACACAGCAAUAAAGCAAAUAUUGAAAUAAAGAUACCAAAACCAGAGGUAUUAUUUCAGAGACUGGUAACAAAAUUGACACUGAAAUUGCUUCUUUAAAAACUCUGAUGGAGUCCAAUAAGCUUGAGACAAUUCGUUAUCUUGCAGCCUCAGUGUUUACUUGCCUGGCAAUAGCAUUGGGAUUUUAUCGACUCUGGAAAUAACAGUGAAACUGCUGUAGUUAUGCAUGCUCCUACUCCUGCUGCUUUGACUGUUGGAACACUGCCUGGAUGGAUUUACUCUGAACAUUGAAAGUUAGAGUAGGAACUGAAGACACGAUUAUUUAAAGUACAUAUAGACUAAAAGGAAAUAUUUUAGAAUAGAAGGUAUGUUUUGUCUUUUUCAUGUAUGUCUUUAUUAUGUUGAAAGAGGCCAUUCAAAACUUGAUAAGAUUUGAGAUAGGGCUUUUGUCUUUAUGGUUUUGAUAGCUCACAGAAACUGAACUAGAGUUUUCUUAUGUUUACUUGAGCGACUGUAAAUCAUAUAGGAUUUCUUUUGUAUCUGUUGCAAAUCUGAAAACUAUUCCCAAGCCCACAUGCUUGUUACUGUAUUCAAAUUUGCUGAUAGCUACUGCACAAUUACCUUUUUAUAUAAAAUAUAUACAAUAACAAAGUUGUUUGGAUUUUAAAAGCAACUUAUCAUAUAGCUAGAGUUAGGUUUUUUUGGUAAUGAACUAAAACAAUAAAUUUUAAAAUAAUGUGCCCUAGUUCAAGUAUAUGACACUCAGGAUGAAAUCUGUAGAGUUGUUAAUUUCUAAUUCACAAAAUCCAAUUUAUCCCUGUUUCUUGGGAACCCAUCUUAAAUUUACUACCUAAAACAAAUUUUUUUAAAAUUCAGCACAUGUCUAUUGGCAUGUAAUCCCUACUCUCAAGAAAGUCAUGGGGAAUUUUAUAUUUUUGUUUUGACAUUACUGGGUCUAUUUUCUUUGAUAAUAGCAUCUAUUAAUAGGAUAUAUAGUUCAAGGAAAGUACAAAAUACCAUUUCAUCUCAGACCUUCAGUUUUAGCCAGAUCAAGAAGCCAAGGCCAAGAAGUGCUAAAUAUUUCAAGAUUUCAUAAUGCCUUGGCAAAACUUUUAAGUUUGAUGAUCCAUUAGUUACUCAAAAUGACCUCCAUCAUUUGUUUAGUUAUAAAUAGGGAAUCUAAAUUAUAGAGCAGUCAAAAGACCAGCCCAUAUAUGGUCUAGUGAGUGAGAAUCAGACACUUUCCAACUAAAUUUGUUUCAAAGAUCUAAUGGCUGACUUGUUUGCAAAUUAAAACUUUCUGUACUUAUCUUGUAUUCUGAUUUAAAAUAUCUCAGAAUUCACUUGCCUAGAAAAAUUCUUAGCACAUUAUAAAUAAAUUUGUAUGUAAAUAAGAUCAUAUAGGUUCCAUUGUAAUAAAUUCUACAGUACAUUUAUUCACUCAAUAAAUAAGAAUGCCUGCUAUGGGCAUGCUGGUCCCCA